AUUAUUUGUUAUCACUCAUCUCAAACGAUUGUGGAUAUGGCAGUAGUGCCUGCAACCGCAUCCAUAAGUUCUCCAUUUCCAUGGAGCGGCGGUUGCUCCUCGACGACGAUGGCGGUUCGUCUUUCCAUUACAAUUCCAAAGACUAAAUUUUCAUUUACUACUGUUCGUUCGUCCAAAUCUAGAUCAGAAGAACUCGAUUCAAGGUCCGACGAACCUUCCCGCACUUCUCAGGAAGAUUUGAUGUAUUUGGGAAAGCUAGGAGCAGGUUCAAUCAUAGGAGCUAUAGCAAUUAAGUAUGGAAGCAUUCUUUUACCAGAGAUAACCACACCUAAUAUCUAUCUAGCAUUGUUUAUGAUCUUUGCUCCUUGUGUUUUAGCAGUUUUUGUUUUGAUCUGGCGAAGCCAGAUCGAAUCAAUGAAAUGAAUGAAUGAAUGCAUUUUAACCUA